AUGAAGGUCUUCCGCAAGCUGCCCCUGCGGCGGCAGCGCGAGUUCAUGCGCUCGGGCGAGGGAAUGACGGUCCGCACCCACCUGGACAAAGUCUAUGGGGAGCUGGAAUUGAGCCUGGGUUGGGGAGUCUUGUUGAUGAAGGGCAUUACUCACCCGGGCUGUGUUCGACUCUACGCCAUUUUUGAUGAAGCUCAUCAGAAUGGCAAGAUCUACGCGGUCCUGGAGAAUCCUGGUUGCGCUUCACAGCACGUGCCGGGUGGACAAGUCAUGGACUGGGACGAGGUCAAGUGCCGCUUUUUUGCAGUGGGCAUGGCGGCGCAAGAGGCGGAUGCCUCAGGGCUCAUCCCAGAGGAGAAGAUGAAGGUCUACCUCUCGGAUCUCUUGGAAGCCCUGAGCUAUUUGCAUGCUGUGGCGAUGGUGGCCCACAGGGACGUCAAGCCCCAGAACUUGCUUUUAGGCCCGGCCCUUGGGAUGGAUGAAGACCACCUGGUGCACGGCACCGAGGGGACCUACCCGUUCUUUUCCCCGGAGAUGUGCCAGACUGGCUACGUGGGCCAUGAUGGGCGGAAGGCAGACAUGUGGGCAACAGGCGUUUGUGUUUGGGCCUUCCUCCUCGGCACCCUGCCCUUCCAUCAUGAGGACGGGAGGGGCCAUCCCUGGUGUGGUGGAUGA